AUGGCGACCCCAGCACCCUUACAAUUAGAGCCUCUGACGCUGGAGGAUACGCCUGCUCUUACUGAACUCUGGUUCGCAGCCUUCACGGACCCAGAACUCCGCCGCGUCUUCCCCGACACGCCCGCCGUCCGCCAAUGGCUAACAGACGCAAACCGGCACGACCUUACCCACAAACCCUUCCAAAAAUACAUCAAAGUAAUCGACCCCAUAUCAGCAGAUCAACAAGGCCGACCCCGUAUCGCCGCCUACGCAAAGUGGGAUACCUCCAUGCCCGAAGAGCGCGGUGGUCGCUAUCCACCUUGGCACGAGGAAAUGUCCUCGUCUCUGUGCGAUGAAUUUUUCCGGAAGGAAGAGGAAAAUAGAAAGCGUGUUAUGGGUGAGAAGAAGCAUUUUUGUAAGUUCCCCCACCACUUCCUCCUGCGGCUUUUGGGGAUGACAUUCCCAUAUUCACUCACUUACGAGAACGAUUUGUCAGACCUGGAUACUGUUGCAACACAUCCGGAUUAUCAGCGUCGUGGUGCUGGGUCUAUGCUCGUUGGAUGGGGUUGUGAUCUUGCAGAUUCCCAGGGUGUUUUGGCUUAUGUUGAUGCUAGUAAAGAGGGUGCGCCGCUUUAUGCUAAGUUUGGGUUUGUGGAUUAUAGCAAGCCCGGUGAAGAGAUUGCUUCGAUGGCGCGCAUGGCGGAUAAACAGCCAUGA